CCUGGGGAAUAGGCAGCAACUACAGGCCUGUCCCUUUAAAAGCUUCCAGGCAGAGCUACAGGGAAAAGCCUGCCUCUCCCCUCUCCCUUGUCACUGUCCUAACCAGAGGUGAAGCUAGUAAGAGGAGAACAAAAGAAGAAGAGAAUGCCAGCAACCGCAGGACUGGGGACACGGCUUUAGGCAAGACGGAGAGGUGGGCAGCAGGUAAGGGGCACGCCAGCAGACGGGCAUCAUCAUUCUAGAGGUCGGCUGGAGAGGUUGAAAGAGCAGCCAUGGGCGAGUGGGGGUUCUUGAGCUCCCUUCUGGACGCAGUGCAGGAGCACUCGCCCAUGGUGGGUCGCUUCUGGCUGGUGGUGAUGCUCAUCUUCCGCAUCCUUAUCCUGGCCACUGUGGGCAGUGAUGUCUUUGACGAUGAGCAGGAGGAGUUUGAAUGCAACACAAAGCAGGUCGGGUGCAAACAGAUUUGCUACGACUUGGCUUUUCCCAUCUCUCACUACCGCUUCUGGGUCUUCCACAUUGUGGUGCUCUCAGCUCCAGCUGUCCUUUUCGUCAUCUACUCUAUGCACCAGACCACAAAGAUCAACCGUAGUCAGAAAGAAAUGGAAGCAGGUGAAGAGGAAGCCAAUAGGGGAGACAGGAAAACUCAAGGCCAGUAUGAGCUCCAGACCAGCCAACGUACACAAAACAUCAAGACCUUCUACAUAGUUAACGUUGUGGUGAGAAUCUUGGCUGAGAUGGGCUUUCUCGUUGGUCAGUGGAUGUUGUAUGGCUUCCAAGUGGGAUAUCAGUACAUCUGCAAGCAUCAUAUGUGCCCUCAUCUGAUUGACUGCUUUGUUUCUCGGCCAACCGAGAAGACCAUUUUCAUCCAGUUCUACUUCAUGGUGGGUCUAGUUUCAGCUUUUCUCAGCCUGGCUGAAUUGGCUCAUCUUUUAUUCAAGAACCGGUGCAGGGGGUGCCGCACUAUUGCCCCUACUGCUACAGCAUCUUAUGAACAGCAGGACAAUUGGUCCAAUCAGAAGCAAGAGAAAUCUCAGAACUUUCUGGCUCCCACAGACGGAGGGGUGAAUGGGACAGCAUCCCACAAUGGGGUUCCCAACCAUUUUGAGCCCAAGGCUCACUUCCACCAUAAAAGCUCUACCAAGAGCAGCCGAUCUUCUCGUUCUUCAGCCAGAGCCGACUUGACGGUGUAAGGGCUGCAGGGAAUAGGUACCCUUCUGCCUGACUGGUUGUUCCCUGGAUGAAUAGGAUCCUUCCAGAGCUGGAAUAAUCAAGGACACAGUGUGAUCUCUGAAGUUCGAGGCCAGCUUGCACUGGGACCUGCUUCUAUUCUUGCCAAUUCCUGCUGUGAUUUUAUGUACUUGGGGCGUGGGGGGGGGAGAGAGAGAGAGGGAGCCUGAUGGUUCUUAUUAGCAAUGUGCAUUGAUCUGGAAUUUGUAAGAAGUGGGUUGGCAAGUUAUGAUCAUCAGCUGUUUGGAAUAAAAGGAGUGAAUGUGGGAGAUGCCUAUUCCAGCAGUGUGGGCUACUGUUAUGUAAAAUGAAGAAUUUUCAGUUCAGUUAGCGAGAGCUUUGGAAUACAUGCAGCUGUAUCGAGGCAAAUAGGGACACUCUUCUUUCUUUACACUUUUCUUGAGCUCAUCCUUAUUCGACUUGGGGGGGAGAGGAAAACAAAUAUUUGUAAUAAAAAGAAUAGCUGUUCCAUUAGAAUUAGAGGAUGUCAUUCUGAGAGAAUAACGUCUUUUAAAUAUCAGAGCAUUGGACAAUUUAAAAUUAUGGACAUAUAUGAAAUAUAAAGUUAAACCAAACUAAAAUGUUAAGAUUAUCAGACUAUUUUUGACCAGAAGUAAGUUGCUUCAAUAGCAGUACUGUAUCUCCAUCAUUUGCUAGAUCUUCUUUUGCACAUGUACAAAUUUGGUUUUCAAUUAUUGAAACUUGGUAGAUAAAAUCUAAAAUAAUCUGACUGGAUUGAACAGGCAUGAACACAUGGCUGUCCCGAUGUUGGAGGCGUGUCCCUUCCAUUAACCCUAGGAAGGACAACCAAUGGAGGGUCAUAAGUUACUUAACCCUUGCUAGAGGGUAGGAUGACAGGUGGUAAAUCUGUUAGUGGGAAUAAUUUGUCCAUGCAGGGUAAAGUCCCAUGACUUCAUUUGAAGUAUCCACAGGUGCUAAUACAUGUGAGAGAAAGCAGGGGUAGAUUGAGGUGUAAAGGCAAAAGUGACAGUGUACGUGUGUUAUUCUGUCCAGGAAAUAGGAAAUUGUUAAUGCCUGUGGGGUCCUUCACUGAGCCAAGGCAGUAGAGUGGUCAUGUGGCAAAGAAUUGCUGCUCCUCUGGUCAUUGGUGGCUGGUCACCCCAAUUUUACAUGUGGUACUGAAUCCACCCUCAGUUAAUCCAAUCUUUGAAGAAGAGACCAAAGGCAGAGUUGAGCAUAUGUGUGUUUUUAGACUAUACUUCACAGAAUUCCCCAGGCAGCAAUGAAUUCUGGGAAGUGUAGUCCAAAAACACCAAUAUGUACAUUUCUAACCCAAGGUGGUGAAUCUAUUUGAGGGAUAAAGUUCAGCACCUUGGACAGCACAUAUGACGUUAGGACUAAAACCCAAAGCUAAUGUCCCCAUCCACAAUAUUGGAGUCACUGGCCUCCACGACCUCUGGUUCUUUAUCAAGGCAUACCUACCUAGUUCACAUUUAUUCUUUUGAAGAUUUGUUUGGUUAUUUGAAAGUUUGCCACUAAACCAGUCUUCCCCAAACUGACCCCCUCCAGAUGUAUUGAACUACAACUAGAAUAAUCCCAAAGUAGUCUCACGAAGCUUGGAGAAUGCUGCAUUGCAGAAGCUCCCACAAAGUACAGUGCCAAAAAUUGGGAAAGUCAUAUAAAUCGCCUUUUAAAAGGAGGAGAAAGUUAAAUUAUAACUAGACAUGCACCAGCACAGCUACAAAGGUUGGGAGUUUGAUUUCCCGCUGUAAAAAUACUUCACCUAUUGUGAAGUGAGAAAUAGCAAGAAUUAGUAAACCUGCUUCAAAUGAGAGACUCCUGACCCAGGCCUCUUUACAAGGACACUUGAUGGAAUUAGGAGAUGUAAAAAGGAGCUUGGAUAUGUGGGCAUGUGCCCUGUGAUCUGAGCAUGGAGGGGAACAAUAUUCUAACAUUAGAGGGUCAGCCACCCCCCACCCCCCUCAGGAUCACUAAUAACAUUCCAUGGAUAUUUUUGGUGAAGGAGCAGC